UCUAUCAUCAUCAAACGCAAUGUCGGAAGCACCCUUUAAUUUACCUAAAUUGAUUGUUUUUGAUCUCGACUAUACCCUUUGGGAUUUAUGGAUAGACACACACGUCUCUGGUCCUAUCAAACCUUCCUCAAAGUUUAACGAGGUUAUACCAAGAAGAGGUGAACCUUUCGGGUUUUAUAGAGAUGUACCAGAGAUGUUACAACGAUUGCGUAGUGAAGGUAUAGAGAUUGCAGCAGCAAGCAGAACAGCUGCACCGGAUUAUGCCUACGAUGCACUCAAGCAUCUUAAAUUAAAGAACAGGAAUGGUGGCGAUAAUAUCAGCGCUAAAACACUCUUUGAUUACACUGAGAUCUAUCCUGGCAGCAAAAUUAAGCAUUUUCAGAAACUAGCAAAGAAAUCUGGAUUCGCAUACGAGGAUAUGCUUUUCUUCGAUGAUGAAUCAAGAAAUAAAGAAGUCGAGACCCUUGGUGUUACAUUCCAACUUGUCGGUGUGAGUGGGACAGAUGAGCCUACCUUACAGAAGGGCAUCAAAAUGUGGAGACAACGCCGUGGUCUUAGUUAAUACAAAUAAUAUUGCUGGAGGUAUCAUACACUUCAAUUUAGACGGAAUAGAUGUAGAGUACUCAACAUGUCUUCAUUGACUUUCAUAUGGUCAAUUGUAAAAGUCUUGUACGCUAAUACAACUGACAUCAUUCGAUAAUUCGCUUGCUGUUCUGCAUAUUUACGCGUUUUAUUUCUCAUCUACUAAUAUGACGUAAAGUAACAGAAGGCAGUAAUGUUCAAAAUUUUAUAAUUUAUCAUGAU